CUGGGUCAUGGCGGCGGCGGGCGCUGGGGCGCCCUGGCCCAGGGCCGGGGGGCGACGGAGGGGGGCCCCUGCGGCCGACGGCGGGGACGGUCAGGAUCCGCACGCAAAGCACCUGUACACGGCCGAGAUGUUCACGCACGGGAUCCAGAGCGCCGCGCACUUCAUCAUGUUCUUCGCGCCUGGUGUGGGCACUGCCAGCGGCUGCAGCCUACUUGGAACAACCUGGGAGACAAGUACAACAGCAUGGAAGAUGCCAAGGUCUACGUGGCUAAAGUGGACUGCACGGCCGACUCCAGCGUGUGCUCUGCCCAGGGGGUGCGAGGAUAUCCCACCUUGAAGUUUUUCAAGCCUGGCCAAGAAGCUGUGAAGUACCAAGGUCCCCGGGACUUCCAGGCCCUGGAAAACUGGAUGCUACAGACGCUGAACGAGGAACCUGCCACACCAGAGCCAGAAGUGGAACCGCCCAGAGCCCCUGAGCAGAAGCAGGGGCUGUAUGAGCUCUCAGCGAGCAACUUCGAGCUGCACGUCGCACAAGGCGACCACUUUAUCAAGUUCUUCGCUCCAUGGUGUGGUCACUGCAAAGCUCUGGCUCCGACCUGGGAGCAGCUGGCUCUGGGCCUUGAACAUUCCGGAACUGUCAAGAUUGGCAAGGUUGACUGUACACAGCACUAUGAACUCUGUUCAGGAAACCAGGUCCGUGGCUAUCCUACUCUCCUCUGGUUCCGAGAUGGUAAAAAGACUGACCAGUACAAGGGAAAGCGGGAUCUGGACUCGCUGAGAGAGUAUGUGGAGUCGCAGCUGCAGAGUGCGGAGGAGGGCACCCCGGAGCCCGCCCAGCCCUCGGAAGCCCCCGUGCUGGCUGCCGAGCCCGAGGCUGACCAGGGCACUGUGUUGGCACUCACGGAAAGUGACUUCGAUGACACCAUUGCAGAAGGAAUAACUUUCAUCAAGUUUUAUGCUCCCUGGUGUGGUCAUUGUAAGAAUCUGGCUCCCACGUGGGAAGAACUCUCUAAAAAGGAAUUCCCUGGUUUGGCAGAGGUCAAGAUCGCUGAAGUGGACUGUACUGCUGAACGGAAUAUUUGCAGCAAGUACUCGGUACGAGGCUAUCCCACGCUGUUGCUUUUCCGCGGAGGGAAGAAAGUCAGUGAGCACAGUGGAGGCAGAGACCUGGAAUCACUGCACCACUUCGUUCUGCGCCAGGCAAAGGACGAGCUGUGAAGACGCAGGUGGAGGCCUCCUGCCCGCCGCCUGGGCCCCACGUGCAGGAACCAAGUCCCGCGGGUGUGGCCGAAUGUUCAGGAAACUGGAUGUACUGAACUUGUGGUACCUUCUUGGUAUGUGUGUCUUAAGCCAGCACACUCUACAGAUUCUUCACUAAGUUUCUCUAAGUAAACAUGACCCCUCUGCAAACUAAAUAUUUUCAGUGGCAAUCUAUCAUCCCCUGUAACCUUCUCUUGAUGAAAUCUAAAUGGUUUCCUUUGAGACUAAAAUAGAGUUGAGGAAAAUCAAAUUGCUGGACUGUUUUUGGCUCCUGAGUGAUUUGGUGAAAGCAUCAUCCAAAGCAUAGUUUUUGAACUGCCCAUGAGUUCUGGAAAGGUGGCCUGUGGCAGUAACGAUGUUCCUCUGACCCGAAGGUCACAAUUGACUUGUUAAUAAUGUGAUUGGUCCGUAGCCUGGAGCAGUUUGAACCCCAUACCUCUGGAAGAUACCUUCAUGGCCACUCCUGGAUUUUCUAUUUCUGUUAAUACUCCUCUCAUCGGGAGAGGUUUGCCAUAGCAAGCAGUGGGACUUCUGACACGUGCCUGAGUAAGAGAACACUGAUGCCACAAUCUUACGUGUGUGCUACUUGUCAAAUCAGUUAUUACUGUUGAGGGACACUUCUGUUUGAUUCUCAUGGAUGAAAGAUUUCGGUGGUUAUGUUAACAUGAAGUCAGGGUCCAUGUGAAGAUUUUUAAGAUUUAAAAUCCAGGUUUAAGUCCAUGUUUAAGAUUUGAUGUCUCCCACGGAAAAUGUGGGUAUGGAAAUUUCUACAAGACUUGUCCUAACUAUUGUAUUAACUCAUAGACAGAUUCUGGUUGUGUUUACCACUGAGGGCAGGAGGACUAGAUGAGCUUUCCAGGGUGGGUAUGAGGGGCCAGCAGAACCCUGCAGCCCCACUUUGGGGCCCUAACCGGAAGCAGUUCCAUGUUCUGCUCCCAGAUCUCCUUUUAGAGGCCUCACGGUCCAUCGUCAGUCUUCGUGGAGGUUGGCCCUCUGCUGUAUGAAGAGUGGGAUUAACUCGACCUAAAGACCAAAGAAUGAAGUAGCAGGGCUGGAGCAGGGCUGCAGUAGGCCAUGCCACCAUCAGUGCUAGUGUCGUGAGAAUUCAUGCCAUCCCGAUUUCCAAACCUUUUCACCAUCUCCCUUGGAAAGAAGCAACCGCAGGACUGGCUUCCUAAAGACAGGCACCUGGCUUAUGUAUGUGCUUUGUCAUCAAGUUACUUCUCAUAGUAACCCCUCGGUGUCCAGCACUCCUCACUCCUCCCCCUAUGCUCGGGGAAUCUAGUCACUUGGUGGUAAGGACCUCAGAAAUAAGACCACUUCUGCUGCCUGCCACAGAUGACAACAGCAGGAUCUCGACCAGCCUCUGCCUUAAAGGAAAUCUUUAUUAAUCACGUAUGGUUCACAGAUGUUCUUUCAAAAAUCCCAACUUUCUGGAGAAGCACAAUCCUCAUGAGUGGCUUCAGCUUUGCAUCAUGAGUCUUGUCUUGAAAGGAAAUCCAAGUGGUACAAU